AUGUCAGAGCUCUCUCGCUCUCAAGCUGAGCAAAGGCAAACUCAGCUCGAUGCUUCGAGACAGCGUCCGCCAGUUGGAGACGCCUGUCCCGCUCAUGUUCGAGAUCGCCGCGUAACCCUUGCGUUACGCGAUCAAAGAAGCUCUCGGGAACACACGGAUCCCCAAGAUUGUGUGGAGAGCGUCUUUCCUCCUCCUCCACCUCCUUUAGAGGACUCUCGCGGUGGCCAGCGCUAUCUGAUUGAGCGGCUGUUGAACCACCGCGACUUGAACGGACGUUGGACGAGUUACCUCGUCCGGUGGCGCGGCUAUCCCCCGUCCUGGGAUACUUGGGAGCCCCGCUCCCAACUGAUGAUUGACGUACUGGGUCUGUUUGAUGAAUGCACAGAGCAAUUUAAUCAAGCAGCAUGGUAG